UUCACAAGAAAUUUUCGAAACUUAUUUUAGGAUGCGCGUCCUUCCUAAAAAGGAUAAAAAUUCAAAUUUGUAUUAUGUCUACUUUUCUGGCGUUCAUAAUCCUUCUUGUAAAAAAUUUCACAAUGAAGAUCCUAAAAUUAAAGAUUUAAAGAAAACUGCCAGUAUCAAUCCUUUAGAGAUUAACGAAGAUAAAAAUGACAUUCAAGUCCAUUCAAAACGUCAGGCUGCAAUUACCGCUUCGAGGAAAAUUUCUGGUCAAAGUGAAAAUACUAAAAGGAGGACAAUAAAGACGCGUUCCUUAAUUGAAUUGGAUUGUACGAGUUCUGAAGAUUCUGAGAAUUCUACUAAAAAUUCUGAAAAGUCUAAAGAAACUUCGAUUGAAUCGGAUGAUGAACCAGCAGCUAUUUUUAUUCAACAUACCUUCAAUAAACCUCCAACAGAAAAUAAUUCUAAUAAUAAGAAGACAGUUUCUAUUUCUGAUCAUCAUGAAAAACACAAAAGGGAUGGAAAUUUGGUAUUUCAAUCGCCAACGUCUAAUGAUUUAAAUGAAACAUUUCCUCAAUUAAUUCCUCCAACUUUAAUUUCUUCUUCUACUCCAAUUAAUAGCAAUAAUAAACAAAAUUUAAAUUUGUCUUCAUCUCAUAUUCGUUUAAAUCCAGCUCCAAUAAUUACUUUAACUCCUUCAGAAACUCCCCGUAGAAGUUUGGAAAAUGCGGAAGAAUCUACGGCAACUUUAAUAAUGUUGGAUAAUUCUCCAAAAAUGGAUUUACCUAGAGAUUGGAAAUUUAAAUUGGAAAGUGUUUUUGUACAAAUGAAUCAAUUGGCUGAAGAUCUUCAUUUAAAAUUUACUUGCAAAGGUUUAAAUUUGGGAGUAUUUUCGUCAAAUGAACAAAGCCAAACUGGACAAGUGCUUGUUUUAAAUGAUCAAAUAGAUGACGAUGUUUUUGUUAAAGUUUCGGAAUUUGGCGAUUGGAAAUUAAUUUGUGAAGAAAUGUGGCCGAAAGUAAAUUUUAAUUUUGGGAAGAUUAAUUAAAAGGAUUAAGACAUUUGGGGGCAGAAAAUUGAUUAUUUUUGGGUCCCCUUUCUUUUCUUUUCUGAGUUUAUUAUCUUGGGAUAGAAAGUUGACAGGGAAAUGGGAGAGAUAUUCGCUCGCGGUUUUUGUUUUCUCUUUUUUGAGUGUCAUUUUCCGGAUUUUAUUUUGAUUUUGUGAGUA